AUGACCCUUGCGCCGCGGUUCACUCGCCUCUUGCUGCUGGUUUCAGCAUUGGCUUCGUUUGUCUCAGCCUCGCCUACAAAUUCCCUCUUCGUCCGAGACUCUCAGUGCGCUGCUGGCUUAGAGUCCUGUCCUGCGAGUCUACCCAACAACUUUUGCUGUUCUCAAGGAACAACCUGCCUACCAUUAGCCGGCAACACAACCGCGCUAUGUUGCCCUACUGGCCAGACUUGUGAAAAGAUCCAGCCCAUCACCUGCGAUAUCAGUUUGCAGGAUCCAAUCAAAAACUCACAAUCACCAAUCAAAACCAGUGUUUUCGACGUCUCGCUGGGGAAAUGUGGCGGGAAUCUUUGUUGUCCGUUUGGAUAUUCGUGUGUUGGAGGCAAUCAGUGCCAGAAAGACGCUGAUCAGAGCAAAUCCCCGGAGAGUGCCGGCUCUUCAGCUACUGGCUCGCCCACAUCAACAUCACCCACGUCUGGUUCGCCAACAUCCCCUGCAUCGGCUACAUCAGCUCCUGCGUCAGCUACAUCCCCGCCUGCUACUUCGCUCGUCAUUGCACCAGUCAACACAGCAGCAGCGACACCGCCCGCAGAAGAGACUUCCCUCCCGUCAACCACUUCAUCGCCUGACUCCUCUUCCACGGAGACUGCGAGCCCGGCUCCCAAGGCUUCGAACCCAAAGACAAUCUCCAUCGUAGCUGGCGUUGUCGGAGGUUGCGCCGUCUUGGCUGCGUUAGGGAUUAUCGCGUUCCUGUUUGUCCGCCGCCGCAACCGCUACAGCGAGAGUGAAUACCCUGAGAAGGCAAACAUCAAACACCUCGGCCCUGGCCCUGGCCUUGGUAUACAAGGAGGCAGUGUCAUCUCUGACCCUAUCCUGCAGCCAAAUUCCUAUCGAGCUGAUUUUAUCCGCAAAACUCCCUCCAUUAGGUCUUUUGUGAGCCAGAGACCGCCCAGGAUCUCUUACCAGAACCGACACUCACAGCGCCUUUCUAUCCCGAAUCCCUUCGACUCGCCCAACCCUUCAGACCACUCGCCUACCAAUUUCCACUCGUCCGUAUGCUCAGAAGAUGAGCUGAAUGCUCGUACAGGAGUCGUUGAGUCUGGUUCGCGAUUAGCUCCUAUCAGGGCCAUGAAGGCUUCCAGCACACGAGUCUACCCGCAGAAUGUUCCCAGGGAGCCUAGUGGUGGUGAGAGCAUCAAUGUAUUUGCCGACCCUGUUAUGAUGAGAGGCAGCUAUGAUAAGCGUCAAACUCAAGGAACGACUUUUACAGAUCUCAUGAUGGAAGCUGAUCUUGACGAUGUACGACGUGGACAUCCCUACGUCGUUCAUGAUCCCAUGCCUCCUGCCCGGAUAUGA